ACACCAUGGCGAGGAGAGGAAAAUCGAAAACGGGUAAUACUCAGCCUAUUUUUGACAAUAGAAAAAGAAGAAAAGCUUCAGAAAAUAAAAUUUUGCACUCCUACGAUGAAAAGGAUGAGGAUUCAUUCAUUGAAGAUGAAUUGGACGACGAAAACGACUCCGGAUACCAUGUUGGUGUGAAUUCAGACGACGACGAAGAAAUUGACAGUGACGAAGCAUUUGACGAGGAAGAUGACAAAAAGUUUGCUGAUUGGUCUUUCAGCGCGUCUAAGGCUGGAUCUGUUCCUAAGAAAAAAAUUAUUCAAUCGGCUCCAAACAAAAAGGAACAGAAAAUUUCCUUGGACGAAAAUGAGGAUCUGAAUGAGCAGUCGGAAGACGAAGAUGAUGAAGCAGCUAGUAUUGAUGAAAACGAAUUAGUCGACCUAGAUGCGGUUUUAGACCAGUCAGGCUCUAGUGAAGAAGAAGAGGAGGAAAAUCAUUCCAAAGAUAAUCUAAAGAAGCAUCAUUUACAACAUACUGAUGGAAUUAUUGAAAGCGAUGAUUCCUUUUCUUCAGAAGAUGAAUCAGAAGAGGAGGAAAAUGAAGAUGAAAAUUUAGAAGGAAGUGAUAUCCUCAGCUCUGAAGAUGAAGAGUCAAGCGACGAGGAAGAAAAUGAUGCUAAGUUGGAUAACUUGAAGAAUUAUAUCCAUUCCUUAAAUGAUAAGCGAAAGGCUGAAGCGUCUUCCGAAGAAGAUGAAGAUAAAGGAAAAGCCACUGAGAAAAAACGUUUGAAGCAUAAUCCUACUGAAUCCAAUCGUGAAUCUGAAUUCAAUUUGGUUGGAAAUGAUGAUGAAAAAAUCGGACUUUCUGAUCUUUUGGAAUCUGUUCAAGUUGAUAAUAGGUUGAAAUCUUCUUUGAAGCCUUUAGUUAGUGAGUCAUCCGCUGUAGCAGCGUCGAAAUUAAAUGCUCCAUUGGCAAAACCUAUUCAUGAUCGUUUAGAGAGACAAGCUGCCUAUGAACAAUCCAAAGAAGACCUUGAAAGGUGGAAGCCAAUUGUUUCAGAAAAUAGAAAGGCGGAUCAGCUUGUGUUCCCCAUGAACGAGAGUGUACGUCCUGCACCAAGUAGCACUGGAUUGGCUUCCAGUUAUACUCCUGAAACCAAAACCGAGAAGAAGCUGGAUACAGCUCUCGUUGACGCUGGCCUUAAAGAUGAAGAGUCAAUGAAAAAGCAGGAAGAAUUGGCUUUAAAUAAACUCUCAGUUGAAGAAGUAGCUGAAAGAACUCGACGGUUGCGUUUUAUGAGAGAACUCAUGUUCCGAGAGGAACAGAAAGCUAAACGUGUCUCAAAAAUUAAAAGUAAAGCAUAUCGCAAACAUUUGAAGAAACGAAGAGAAAAGGAACAAUCUUUGUUGCCAAGGACGGAAGAGGAUUUGGAGACUGAGCGUCUAAGAGCCGAAGAAGCUCGUGCUAAAGAAAGAAUGACGCAGCGCCACAAAAAUAGUAGUGCUUGGACUCGAAAAAUGCUUGAACGAGCAAAUCAUGGUGAAGGAACAAGGGAAGCAGUUUUGGAGCAAGUCAGAAAAGGGGAAGAAUUAACGAAACGAAUUAGUGGUCAAACGGAUGCUGACGGUGUUGCUGCUGAGUAUUAUUCUGAUGACGAUUUAAAAACACCUGACGAUGUUUCACGUGCCUUUGACAACGUAAGAGAGAUGAAAGAGCCACAAAUGAAGGGUGUUCUGGGUAUGAAAUUUAUGCAAGAUGCUUCUAAAGUAAAAGCUCGCCAAGUAGAAAACGAUAUGAAAGCCUUUGAAGACGAAAUGGCUAAUAUACCUGAUGGCAAUGCUUCUGAUGCGGUAGAAGACGAAAGUUCUGGAGUUCUAGUAGGAGAUAAUGCAGGUCGUCGAUCAUUUGUUCCAUCAAAGGAAGCAUUGAAAGAAAUCCGAUCGGAACGUAAGAAUCCUUUCUUGUCCAACACCCAAAAAGAACAAAUAAAUGAUGCUGGGAAAGACAGCAAACAAGGAAAGAAGAAUAAUAACAAAAAAGAUAAUAAAGAGGUGGAAGUUGGUGUAUCAGAUGAUUCAAAGAAUCCAUGGUUGCAAGCUCCACGUCAACGGAAAUCUACCUUAGCAGAAGUUAAUAAGGAUAGCUCAAAAGCUGAUAAACUUGCUCACAGAAUGAACAGUGAUAAGGUAAAAUCAUUACAAGAACUAACUCAUGACCCUGAAAUCCAGCCAGACAAAAUUUUCAACGAGACGUCAAUUCAAAGUGAAUCAGACCAAGAGUCAGAUCAAGAGGUACCUACAUUGAAGUCUACGAAAGGCAGAGUGGCUAUUCAACAAAGGGAAUUGGUUGCUAGGGCUUUUGCGGGAGACGAUGUAGUUGCGGAAUUUGAAAAGGAUAAAGAGGAUUGGAUUAACGAGGAUGCUCCAAAAGAGGAAGACCAAACAUUACCCGGUUGGGGUUCUUGGGCAGGAGCCGGAGUCAAGCAGAAGAAGAAUAAACCGAAAGCUGUUAAGAAAAUCGCAGGGCUGGAUCCCUCCAAGCGAAAAGAUGCAAAAUUACAGCAUGUUAUUAUUAACGAAAAACGCAAUAAGAAAUCAGCUAAGCUUACUGCUGAUGCCGUUCCAUUUCCAUUUGAAUCUCGAGAACAAUAUGAAAGAGCUCUUAAUCUACCAAUGGGUCCUGAAUGGACUACGAGAGCCUCUCAUCACAAGGCUGUUGCUCCCAGGACUGUCACAAAGCGUGGUAAGGUUAUUCAACCACUGAAAGCACCAAAAUAAACUAUUUUUGAAUACAGUCAUAUUGUAUGGUCUCUAAAAUUUUUGGACUUUUCCGUAUUGACAAUAUUAAAGUCAUAUAAGGAAUUGAAAUAGAUGUAUUAUAACAAUUAAAAUUAGGGAUAAAAGGGUUUUAGGAAUUUAAUAAAAAUGUUUUGGUAAGCAUAUUGCA